AUGUCGAACUAUCGCAGGCAGGAACCUCAACCAUUCUGGAAUAGGUUGUCUCAUCGCUAUUCGCAAUUACUCCAGCACUUUCAGCAUGGUAAUCCUUCCUGGCAGCACCUCUUGCUUUUGGCAAAUCUGCGGAAAGCUCUGGUUGAUUUUAAAUCGGGUGAGCAAUUACAGGCGCCAGUUUGGACAAGCAAAAAUCAACCAAUCCCCUCCAGACGUCAAAAAAGUUUGAAGAAGCAUCCACAAAGUCAAAAAAUCAUUGCUGAUACAUACCAAAAAAGUGUUCCCUUAAAAAAGUUUCUACCAAAAAAAAGAAUAGGAAAUCAAAAGCACUAUUUGGCGGGACAACAAAGCUUAUACCCCUCUGGAGAAAGGCCUCAAUUGGAUAAUAUUGAAAUGUGUUCUUCCAACUAUAACUCAUCUUCCGAUCGACUGCAGGAGCUUUUCAAAAAUAGGACAAGAGGAAAAAAAUCAAGAGAAAAGCCUUGGCAACUGUCCAAGGAAAUGAAAUUACUUAAAACCAAUUGUUUGCUGAGAACAAAAAAAUCCUUCAAAAAAUUGUAUGAUCCUUAUAAGAUUUCAUCAAGCGCACUGCAUUACAAAGCCACUCCAAGGAUUCACUACCUGGCAAGGCCUCAAAUUAGGGACCAACAAGAAGCGCCUGGAAUGGUUCCAAGGAAAAAUCAAGUCCGCAAGAGAACCACAAAGCGCCUUAGAAAUCUGGCCAAGCCCAAGCUGUGUGAGGAUAAUGGCAUUCGGAAGAAACCUUUUCAAGUUUCAGGACGUGCUUUGCGGGCCAAGAUUACAUCACGUCUUCAGCUAUUGGCCAAGCAAAAACAUAAGGUCAACGGCAAUUGCCAGGGAUUGGAAGAUGAUCUGAGAGCAGUACAGAUAUUUUCAAAUCCCUGCCAUCUGUCGUUACAUGGUUUUUGCAAAGACGAAAAUAAAGAGCAAUGUUAGAUGACAGAGAUCAGAAGAUUAUUCUUAACAUCUUCAGAUCGCUAUCAUCUUUCGUUGACCGAUUAGAAUUCAAAAUCAAGGGUUUGGUUGGGAGGAACUUUAGAUCUUAUGUCAAGGAAG